GUCCCCUUCCAACAUUCCACCUGCUUCACAGCCAAUAGACGGGAACGCGUCCUGGUGAGCUGGACUACAGAAAGAACAUGCCGCGACGGAAACAUCAAAACAAAAAGCCAUCCAAGUCUGCAUCAGAAGAUCUGACAAGAAUAAUAGAAAAUGUCGAGUUUCAGUCGGAUGAUGUGGAUGGGGAGAGAGAGGGCGGGAGAGUGAAGAGAGAGGGGAGGCAGUGGGAGACAGAGCCAGGGACAAGAGGCACUCCGAUGAGUGAGUGUGAGCGCGUUAGCCUGGUAAAACAGAACGGUCCUACUCUGAAGACGUCCAAACAAGUUCACAUCGUCUUCCUCCCCGACAGAUACCAAACUCUCAUAGAGGUGGAGGACAGCGAGGGAAGAGAGGAGGAGGAGAGGAAAAAAGAGGCGAAGGAGAAGAGAAAAAGGGAGAAACACAAGAAGUACAGAAAGAACGUCGGGAAGGCUCUGCGGUUCGGCUGGCGAUGUCUGGUUGCCGGGUUACAGAGCUUAGCGAGCGGCUAUGCUACACCCCUUUCGGCUGCAGCCACGUUGGUGACCGACGUCCACAGAACUCACCGCUAGGCAUGAUGGGACGGAGGACUAAUAUCCGCGACUGGACACAUACAGUCUCAACUGCAUUUUAUGUCAUUAUUUCAGACUCCUUAACCGUUACCUAAUACAGUAUGUGAUUCUAGUGGUUAAAUCAGGUGGUUGGUUAUGUAAUGUUACCUUCUCCUGUUUAGUUUUACUCUGCUAGCAUUGUCACAUUUGAAUAAUAUUUUUAUGUUUCACGUUAAAUGUUUUGAUGUUUACUGGUCUUGUUUUGAUGUUUACUGGUCUUUGUUUUGAUGUUUACUGGUCUUUGUUUUGAUGUUUACUGGUCUUUGUUUUGAUGUUUACUGGUCUUUGUUUUGAUGUUUACUGGUCUUUGUUUUGAUGUUUACUGGUCUUUGUUUUGAUGUUUACUGGUCUUUGUUUUGAUGUUUACUGGUCUUUGUUUUGAUGUUUACUGGUCUUUGUUUUGAUGUUUACUGGUCUUUGUUUUGAUGUUUACUGGUCUUUGUUUUGAUGUUUACUGGUCUUUGUUUUGAUGUUUACUGGUCUUUGUUUUGAUGUUUACUGGUCUUUGUUUUGAUGUUUACUGGUCAUUGUUUUGAUGUUUACUGGUCUUUGUUUUGAUGUUUACUGGUCUUUGUUUUGAUGUUUACUGGUCUUUGUUUUGAUGUUUACUGGUCUUUGUUUUGAUGUUUACUGGUCAUUGUUUUGAUGUUUUCUAUCUGGAAAGGAAGUAAAGAGAGGGCCGAGGAAGAAAGAGUAGGAAUGAGAAAGUACAGGUAGAAUAUAAAGAGGAUGGAAACAGAAAUGGAUAUAGAAUUGAAAAGAGGAAAAAGUAUGACGGGUGAAGGUUUGAGAUGCGGAGAUGAGUUGACAGGCCUUCAUAAAAGUAUUUUUCUCCGAAGCAAAGUAAACAAUUCUACAGUAUGCACCAUACAGUACUACGCACUUAACUAGUUUACCUGCUAGAUUGAGAAAGGAUUGUGACCAGGGAAAUGAACCAAAUGCCUGUCCAGGUCCUACCAUUCCCACCGUGGUACUAACCAGGGGAGUAUAUAUGUUUUUGGAGUGCUCAGAGCGAUCUAUGUAGAUCUAACAUGUCUCAGAUAGGGGAGGGCUGUAACGUAGACGCUUGGAGCCAUGAAGCAGUUGGAGAGUUUAAAUAGAAUGCAACCAAUAAACCAACACCAGGAGUAGCGUCAGGACAUGGAAACAGAGCCUGAUGGGAAAUAUAAGGCUUAAAAUACAGUAAAAUGUUGCUCUUUUACAAGUGCUAUAUAUAUGGGGAGUAAUCAGGAAGGUGACAGAGUCCAGGUGUGCCUGAUGAUGAUGUGCAGGUGUGUGUAAUGAUGGGUAGGCCUGGCGGUGGUUAGUAAACCGGUGACAGCGAACACCGGAGGGGAAGAGUAGGGGUAGAGGUGACAAUGGCACUGUGUUUGGCACAAUCAUGUGACAGAACAACAUUUUAUCCUGUAUUUUAAAUCAUGUGUCAGAGCAAUAUUUGAUCCUGUAUUUUAAGUCGUGACAGAGCAACAUUUGAUCCUGUAUUUUAAAUCAUGUGAGAGAGCAAUAUUUGAUCCUGUAUUAUAAACUUGUAAAAGAGCAA